CCAUUUUGGGAGGGGGAAAAACGAUAAUAGGGGCGGGGAGCAAGGAAUCGGGAUAUUUGGUGGAAAAAAAGAGAUUAAAACGUUUGUUUUUAGUGGAGUUACUUUUGUAUGCUUCGGCUAGACUUGGAUAAGUGUGAUUUUCGUCGGUAAUAUGGGAAACUGCCACACUGUGGGACCAAACGAGGCCCUUGUUGUUUCAGGUGGAUGCUGUGGCUCAGAUCAGAAGACUUACGUUGUAGGAGGCUGGGCCUGGGCCUGGUGGCUCAUCUCUGACAUUCAGAGAAUGUCUCUGGAGGUUAUGACCAUCCUCUGUCGCUGUGAGAAUAUCGAAACCUCGGAGGGUGUCCCUCUGGAUGUGACAGGGGUGGCUCAGGUGAAGGUGAUGACAGAAAAGGAGCUGCUGGGUUACGCCUGUGAACAGUUCCUUGGCAAAUCUGUGGUGGAGAUCAAAAGUGUCAUCCUGCAGACUCUCGAAGGUCACCUUCGAGCCAUCCUCGGUACUCUGACUGUGGAGCAAAUUUAUCAGGACAGAGAUAAGUUUGCCACCCUGGUGCGAGAGGUGGCUGCGCCUGAUGUCGGCCGCAUGGGCAUCGAGAUCCUCAGCUUCACCAUCAAGGACGUGUAUGAUAAAGUGGAGUACCUGAGCUCACUGGGAAAAACUCAGACGGCAGCUGUCCAGAGGGAUGCAGACAUCGGCGUGGCAGAGGCAGAGAGAGAUGCAGGCAUCAGGGAAGCUGAGUGCAAGAAGGAAAUGAUGGAUGUCAAGUUCAUUGCGGACACAAAGAUGGCAGAUUCCAAGCGAGAGUUGGAAAUGCAGAAGGCUGCAUUUAACCAGGAAGUGAACACCAAGAAAGCAGAAGCUCAGCUGGCAUACGAGCUGCAAGCAGCCAAAGAGCAACAGAAGAUCCGUCUGGAGGAGAUUGAAAUUGAGGUGGUACAGAGGAAGAAGCAAAUCACCAUCGAGGAGAAGGAGAUUGACCGCACAGACAAAGAGCUCAUCGCCACCGUCAGGAGACCCGCUGAGGCCGAAGCCUAUAAGAUGCAGCAGCUGGCCGAAGGACAGAAGAUAAAGAAGGUUCUGACUGCGCAGGCCGAGGCUGAGAAGAUUCGCUGUAUUGGUGAAGCUGAAGCUGCUUCCAUCGAAGCUGUGGGGAAGGCAGAAGCUGAGAAGAUGAGGCUGAAAGCGGAUGCCUAUCAGCAGUACGGAGACGCCGCCAAGACAGCCUUAGUCCUGGAAGCUCUGCCCAAGAUUGCCAGUAAGGUGGCGGCGCCUCUGGCAAAGACCAAUGAGAUCGUCAUCCUGAGCGGAGACGGCAGCCGCGUGACCAGCGAGGUGAACCGUCUAUUAGCCGAACUCCCCGUGUCUGUCAACGCCCUGACUGGAGUGGAUCUGACAAAGAUUCCUCUGCUCCAGAAGAUCACUGGUCCGCCGCCGUGCCAACCCGCCAUGUGAUGAGUCGUCAUUACUCUGGAAAUUCCAACAUGUAUCUGCCUCAAGCAUGAAACGUUGUUUUUUUUUUUUUCUUCUUCUACAACUGACCCCGUUAUGCAACACUUGACACCGUUUGAGA